GUCGACCACCACCACCAUCACGGACGAACGGUAAAAACUACCGGACAACGAGUCGACGAGCUCUCUUGGAGGGACCAGUAAAAGUAUCCAUUUUUGUUUCGGGAGUGUGAACGCGUGGCUUCGGAGCGCCAAAUUAAACCGGCCGAUCGAAGAAGUGGAAGUGUGUCCCGGCCUCGAAGACGAUCCGACGAAAGGAAUCUCAGCAUUUUUGUGCGGUUCCGUGAGUCAAGUGUGGUGACAAUAAGAGCCCUCGGUUCCGCUCCCCUCCUGUUGGCUUGCGACUCAUCCAGAUCCCUCGAAGGCGAACGCUAACAGUGAUUUCGGGUUGGUGAAGACGCCAGAUAUUUCCAGUUCCGUGGGCUACCGGAUUCCCGUUUGCACGAGACGCGUCGACGCUGCUGUGCAAUUUCGUGACUUCCCUGUGACGCUCGCAAGACCUGUUCAAUACCGGAAGGGUUUCGGUCUACAGAUCGACUGAUCGACGGCGAGGCUGACAGAUAUACGGUCCACGAAGUCCGGACGAACGCUACUCGACCCAAGCCUGAAGAAAGUUGCAGAAUGAAACGUCAGAAACCGACUCCAGCCGACGCUAGUCCCGGCCGUCAGGGUGUCCGUUAUUCGGCCAAGGGUGCCUCGCACGGCGAUGGAAAUGUUUAAAGAACUGAACCUAGUCUAGAAUGUCCAGAACCUGCUAUGAGACUACCGGAUGUAACGUGCGCCUCAACCGACGUGAUGAACAAAAUACUGCAACAGUGGGGUCUGGAAGCUCUUUCCGACAGAUUUGCCGAACAUUUGAUUGAUUUGAGCGUACUGGACUACAUAAUGGAUGUCGAUAUUGUUGAUUUAUGUCGCGAUUUUCCGAUUCGAUAUAGGCUGGUGCUGAGGCAUAACCUACAGAGCGGAUAUCACAAACAAUUGCACGCAGAUGAAUUUAACAAGGAAUCUAAUUCUACCAUUACCCCAGACAACGAACCGAAUCUUGAUAAUAACAACACGGAUACAUCUGAUAAUCUGACAGAAUCUACAAAUUUCGUAUCGGUUGGUACAACGUCGGCUAAUAAUUCAUUUGAAAAUGAGUCUGGGAAUGAUAUGAUUUCAUCUCGAUCCUUUGAAUUGUUCAAACAAGAUCAGUUCGGGAUGAGUGAUUCCGAUUCAGACAGCCCAAUGGACGUAGAAGAAGUAGCAGAAGCCGCUUCAGAUAGGCUUAUUCCAGAGAAAUCCAAAGCACUGUACGAAAGCUCAUAUAAAAAGUUUGAUGAAUGGCGGACCAAACACGGAAUACAGGCGGUAGAUGAAAGGUGCCUGCUUGAGUAUUUCUCGCAGGAGAUGGCUAGCCAAAAGCCAUCGACGAAGUGGAGCCACUUUUCCAUGCUUAAGUCUACCAUUAACUGCAAUUUGGGCAUAAAUAUAAGCAGUUUUAAGACACUGGUGAAAUUCUUAAAAUCGAAAGCAGACGGCUAUAGUCCCAAAAAAUCAAAAAUUCUUACCAAGGAGCAAAUAUUUAAAUUUUUGAAAGAUGCCGACGAUGAUAAAUAUUUAGCGUUAAAGGUAGUCUUAAUCGUUGGAGUUUUCGGUGCGUGCCGACGAGAAGAAAUACUCAAAUUGACGUUGAACGAUGUUGAAGACAACGGCCAUAGUGUGAAAAUUACAAUACCCAACUCGAAAACAAAAGUUUCCCGGCAGUUCGUGAUUGGAAAUGGCAGCACUUCUGACGUCGAUGUACUGAAGCUGUUCCGGUUGUAUGCACAGAAGCGUCCAACUGACACACCACAUUCCCGUUUCUUUAUUGGCUAUCGUUACGGAAAGUGCACUCGGCAAGCGAUUGGCAUUAAUACAAUUGCGCAAAUGCCGAAACAAAUAGCUGAAAUUCUGAAACUACCAUCACCGCAAGCAUAUACCGGACAUUGUUUCCGUCGGUCUUCGGCGUCUUUGCUUGCAGAUUCUGGAGUUGACAUAUCCGUGGUCAAAUUACAUGGAGGGACCCGUCACAAUAGUUACGAAAUGGGUGUGAGCCCGACGUAGAUAUGUUACAUAUAGUUACAUCAAUUUUCUGAACGUACUGACGGUUCUUUUCCAUCAUAGUGUAGAUUAUUUAUAUUGUUUCAGUGCAAUCGUAAAUAAAGAUCUGAAAUCCAA